AAGGCCUUUAUUAGGUCAAAUCGAUAUCAAAAUGGUGUCACACAAAGUGCAGUUAUUGGCAUCGCUUUUACUCAUAUCUGAGGUUUAUACCCAAUAUGCGGGUAGAAACUGCUACGGUAACCAGCAAGUUGGACGGCUGCAGCCCCCCACCUCGGGUCAGUUCAUCAUACCAGCUAUUAUCAAGCCACUUCCUUACCGCCCACCCAGCGCGCCUUUCCGCCCACCCAGCGCGCCUUCCCAACCCCGCUACUCCCCCAGGCUAACCAACGAUGUGAUCGCUGAAAGACUGUUACGCCUUCUCAUAUGUGAUAUAAUCGAGAAUGAUAACGUGGGCGUGGACGUUGACGUGAAAGAAGAAAAGAAGAAUGACGUGAAAGAAGGAAAGAAGAAUGUUGACGUGAAAGAAGAAGAAAAUAAGAACGAUGUAACCAAUGAAAGCAAAGAACCAGAAAUAUGUGUGUUUAUUAGACCGUGUAACUGUUAGAUCAUGAUGAUAAUUAUCGUAAAAACACCCAACUAUAGUCCAAACUCCAAAAGCUCCUAUGGUCCAAAGCUAACGCGAAUAUCUUCGUUCAGGGGUCACUACUAUUUGAAUGUCAAAAGUUCAGGCAAAAUACUUACAUCAAUUUAAGUAAUAACUCAGAAAACAUUAAAAAGAAGAUUGGUGGUUAUGGUGAAUUAAAGUACUGGACUAGUACAGUAAGUAUAUUUUGAUUGUAUAUUAUUAAAACUACAGCCCACGCCACUAUACCUUUUCAUAUUUAAUACUAGCCUCUGCCCGCGAGUCCCGCUACUUCGUCAGCCUAAUACCUAAUAGCUGCUCCUGUUCUUCAUGAUAAUAAAACGCUUUAGCUACAAAGUGAAUUGCA